GUAGGUCGGGGCUCUUGACACAUCCUUCCUCCCUCUCAAAGUGAAGGAAGCUACUCAGCUCUGUGACACUGGAGCGGGCCCUGUCCUGAUGUCAAGUCUUUUUGACAAUCUGACAGACGCCGGACUCAGAGGGGAGAGGCAACAGCAGCAGCAGCGGCGGCAGCAGCAAAAGCAAGAAGAGGAGGAGAGAGAAAAUAUUUUCCGUGUCUUCGCCUGAAGUCAUUCUGUGGUUUUUGAAAAAAUGUGCUGUAUAUUUUCAGGGCUGUGUCACAUGAUCUGCUGGGGUUAUGAAUAGCCGAGUAUAAUGAUUUCUUAGUGAACGUUUUAAAAAAAGAGAGAGAGCAAGAGUAAGAGAGAGAGUGAGAGAUUCACAGCGAGAAGGAGGCUCACACUCGCUCAAGAACAGCAGGGAGAAGAGGGGACGUGGAAAGUUCCCUGGCCUCCAGGUGUCUGCCUGUAUCUCCCGCCUUCAGAGCCUGCUAAGGCAGCCAGGACUGUGGAACAGAAAGAGGAAGGGAAGGGAAGACACUUUCCCCUAAGGCUGAAUUUUUGCAUGGAUCACAGCCAUGGGACCAUCUGCUGGGAGCAGUGACAUCACUGAACAGAUUUUCUAAGGAGCAUCUUGACUCUCCAUCUCUCAGGCCAGUUCUUCCCUGUGUCAUCAUCAGCUAUGGCAGGAAAUAAGGAGAGGGGCUGCUCUGGUGGAACUCCUUUGGCUCAUGUGAAUGGCUUCCCUCCAGCUGUGUACCCUUUUCCUUUCCCCAACCCACACUUCGAGAUGCUUACCAAUGGAGGUUACUUCCGGAGUUAUCCUACUGACCUGCCCAAGGAAAUGGCAUCAUUGUGUUUAACUGGCUACCCACUCAAGGAGGAUCCCACAAAGGCCAGAGCCAGAUCUGAGGACCACAUUGGCUGGCUGCAGCAAAGAUCCAGAGGGACCGGGAUCACUUCUGCGGUGGAGACCCAGAGCACCAGCUCAGAGGAGAUGGUCCCCAGCUCCCCCUCUCCUCCCCCACCUCCACGUGUCUACAAACCUUGUUUUGUCUGCAACGACAAGUCCUCUGGCUAUCAUUACGGGGUCAGCUCCUGUGAGGGCUGCAAGGGCUUCUUCCGUCGGAGCAUCCAGAAGAACAUGAUCUACACCUGCCACCGUGACAAAAACUGUCAGAUCAAUAAGGUUACCCGCAACCGUUGCCAGUAUUGCCGUUUGCAGAAGUGUUUUGAGGUUGGCAUGUCCAAAGAAGCCGUAAGGAAUGACCGAAACAAGAAGAAAAAGGAUGUGAAAGAGGAGGUGGUGGUAGAUAGCUAUGAAAUGACACCAGAACUGGAAGAGCUCAUCCAGAAGGUCAGCAAAGCUCAUCAGGAGACCUUCCCUUCACUCUGCCAGCUAGGCAAAUACACCACGAACUCCAGUGCGGAUCACAGGGUGCAGCUGGACUUGGGGCUGUGGGACAAGUUCAGUGAACUGGCCACCAAGUGCAUCAUCAAGAUUGUGGAGUUUGCCAAACGGCUGCCUGGAUUUACCACCCUCACCAUCGCUGACCAAAUCACUCUGCUCAAAGCAGCCUGCCUUGACAUCCUGAUGCUCCGUAUUUGCACCCGCUACACUCCGGAGCAGGACACUAUGACCUUCUCAGAUGGGCUGACCCUAAACCGUACACAGAUGCACAAUGCUGGAUUUGGGCCCCUCACUGAUUUGGUCUUUGCCUUUGCUGGGCAAUUGCUGCCUCUUGAGAUGGACGACACGGAGACAGGACUGCUCAGCGCCAUCUGCCUCAUCUGUGGAGAUCGAAUGGACCUGGAAGAGCCAGAAAAAGUGGACAAGCUGCAGGAGCCCUUGCUGGAGGCAUUGAAGAUCUAUGCUCGCCGACGUCGGCCCAACAAGCCUUACAUGUUCCCUCGCAUGCUGAUGAAAAUCACUGACCUGCGAGGGAUCAGCACCAAAGGUGCUGAACGAGCCAUCACACUGAAGAUGGAGAUCCCUGGCCCCAUGCCGCCACUCAUCCGAGAAAUGCUGGAAAAUCCCGAAAUGUUUGAGGAUGAGCUGUCGCAGCCACCGCCAGUGGCUGAACCCCCCAGCACUGAGGAGAGCCCAGCUGACACCAAGAGCCAAGAGGAGACCCCUUAAUGUCUCCAGAGAGACAAAAUCUAAGCAGGGAAAGGCCAUUGGGGUGUGAAGGGGGUGGACACCUUUUCAUUGUAUCUCCUCCGUCCUUCUGAUUGCUUGUUUUCUCCAGGACUCUUAAUAUAUAUAUAUAUAGAACAAAAAGCGCUUGCCUUUCCUGCUCAUGGCCCAUCUGCCAGAGCAGGGUGUAAUGGCAACAUGGAAGACCAACUAGGAGGUGCCCUUCUUCCCCUCUCUGCUUUGUUUGGUGACUUGUGGGGGGAUGUGGCUGUACGCCUCUUGCCUUAACCCUUUUCCUCCCAAUGGGGUCUUGGAUGUAUAUUCUGAAGCCUUUGCCACCGCCCCAUCCCAACCCUGAAGCUUUGCCAAAGUCUGCCUGAUUGCCUGUCCGGCUGAGUCGGGCUAUCUCAAGCCAAAUAUUUAGGACUGAGAAGUCCCCAAGGGGCUUAAGACUCUGAGAACCCUCUCUUUUGAAAUGGGCUAAGCUCCAAAUGUGCAAUUCCCCUGGCCCCCACAGAGGAAAAAAAGGGGAGAGGAGCACCUCAAGACCUGACAGAGGGAGACUACAACCUGUCUUGGACCCUCUUGGUCAUACCGCCUUCUUUGGCUCGAGGUCAGUUGUGCCCUUCAGCCUCCCAAGCUAAGAACUCCAGCCAUCCAGGGCACUAUUUAUUCACAUUUCUGAAGACACGAGGGAUGCCCCUUUGGCUACCGACGCCACCAGCAGAGCCCACCACUGACCAACUGCACACCCAAGGAACUUGGACCAAUGACCAUGGGGUUAUAAGGAGAGUGAAGCCAGGAGGGCUUCAACAUAGCACAUCCCUGCGGUGGGCGUCUGUGGGUGCCCAUGGGGUUGUUACUCAUCUCUUAUGGAUUCCAGUGGGAUGUGGAUUUGUGUGUGUGUAUGAGAGAUAGAAUUAGUGUGUGUGAGAGAGGAAUGUGCAUUGAGAGGGUGGGGGGUGAGGGAAGGGGCUUUUUGUUAGCUGUAUAAACUGCUAAUGUUUUAUUCUUUGAGGCAGAGAUCAAUCCCAUAGUGAGUUGUUGAGGUGUAGGGGGAACCAGUGAUCCUUCACAGGUUCCCCAUUCCCAAUGGGUAUCAGUUUGGGAGGGGGCACUGUUUUGCUUGGGAUGCUUUUGACCCUGGUGCUAAGAAUUCCGGGCAACAGACCCCAAAUGACACUAAAUGCCAAAGAUACGGAGGAGGAGGUUAGGCGUGCAGAGGGGAAGACUUGAACUUCACAGUGCUUUCCUCUGAAAUACCCCUCACCCCACCCCCCAAGAAGCCAGUUGUAUCUUCCACAAAGGUUGUGUGGAGGUGAUGGCAAUGCAGCAUGGCUGGUCUUAACUGGCCUUCAAUUUUGCUUCCCCAGCACUUUGAUGGAGAGGGAGUAGUGGACUCCUUCUGGAAUAGGGAACUGGUCCAGUUUCCUACCCCACCCCAAAAAAUCAAGGAAACUUGCCUUGCUUCAUCACUGCAAUUCUAGUGGACCAAAUAAAGAGACAACCGGUGCUCUUUCUUAUUACUGGAGGGCAGAAGUCUUGCAGAAAGCUUGGUGGUGGUUUCACACUGGUUUUAGUAAUACGAAAGGAGUGAAACCGUAACACUACAGAGGAGUGGAUAUGACACCAUAUCAUCCCCUUUGCUGAUGUUUCAUCAUUAGCUGCUGCUAAUCCACCCCUGAGCCAUCUUGGAAUAGUGGUUUCAGUGUGGGACUGUGACUCUGGAGACUAGCGUUCAAAUCCCUGCUCAGCUAUGAAGACCCAUUGGGCAAGGCACACACUUUCAGCCUCAGGAAAACCUGUGAAAGGGUCACCAUAAGCCAGAAAGGAUUUGAAGGCAUGCAACACCAACAAUUCCACUGCAUUCCUUGUCCCGUGCAGACCCUGAAGCAGGAAAGACAAGCAGGCAAUCCCCUUGGCUACAGGACUUUGCUUCCACAUUAGAAAGGUGCAUUGGUGCCUUUGAGACACCUCUGCUGGGCCUUAGGGGGAAAUCUGAAGAUGCUGCUGUCCUCUGUUGGCUAUGAAAGUGGCAAUGCUUGGGUGGAAUUAUUUAUUUGCCUUCAUCUAGGCCAGGGUGAAGUAGGUCGUGAGGGGAAACUGUACUCCAAGGAGCAUGAGCUCUGCUGAACUGUUUAGUUUUCUCCCCCAAAUGUUUUAAGCUGCCAAAAUGAAUUAAAGAAAUGCCUUAGGCCUUAAAAAUGGGGUCUGUUUGCUGGGAAGGGGAGGGGGGAGGCAUGGGAUGGGAAAGAGGGUGAAGCCCUUUUUGAUGUUUACAGACCAGUGUUCCAUGGUGUUUUAGAGGAAUCUCUGCUGCCCCUGCGCUCCCAGCUGUGCCGCAAAAGAGGGGACUUUUCUAUUUUUGCAAAAUAAAUUCAUGGAAACUGAAAA